AUGAGAGUGAGAGACAGAGUGUGGAGACUGGAGUGUGGAGACUGGAGUGUGGACUGUGGACUGUGGAGACUGGAGGGGACUGGAGAGUGGGGAGUGUGGACUGUGAAUGUCGAGGGUGGGCUGUGGAGUGUGGACUGUGGACUGUGGACUCAACGGAGUGUGGACUGUGGACUCUAUGGAGUGUGGACUCACUGGGGAGUGGGGAUUGGGGACUGUAGAGUGUGGAGUGCCGGAUUCAGGGAAGGUACAUAA